AUCCAGCGAAGCCGUGUUCAAAGCUCACUUUGGAGAGUUGAUGUUGUUGGUCAAGUCUUGCGACGUCGAAAACUUAUUGAACGGUGGAAAUAUUUUGUGCCGAGGUCCAAUCACCUAUGGCACUUGCAUGGACAUCACAAACUGAUUCUAUGGGGGAUUGUUAUUCAUGGGAUUGUUGAUGGAUAUUGUCGAACAGUAAGUUCCAAAUCAGCAGUGUUUGAUUUAGACUUACUUUUCAUGUAG